AUGGCUGUUGCCAAUGUGGAGCAUCCUGCUUGUGCCAAGCAGGCCGAGAUAAAAUUCUGGGAGGAUGGCCCCGCCACACCGCGGGGCUACAGAAUGCCAGAGGUCACCGCCAAAGGAGAAGCGGCAGAAGCAGAGUGUGACCUGCUUUUCCUUUGCCCUGCAGAGCGAGUUGCUGUCUGGGAUGCGGUGGCUGACUACGUCCAAGAGCAGCUCCUGCUGCGCAAGGGAGUUCAAAUUCCCACCUUCGGUUCCUUCAGCAUUGCCUCCAAGCAGAUCGAGGCCGAGAAUGGGACCAUGAUUAUUCAGUGGCCUGCAUUUCACCCAGCCAGGAACCUUGCAGGCAUCCGUAACGUCACGGAUUACAAGGAUUACCUGCCAGGCCACAAGGAGCUGGAGGCCCUCAGAUUCUCUGAGAUGGCCACAGCUGCAUCUGUGAGCCGGCAGACUGGGAAGGCCUGCAUAUUUGGCACAACGUCUCUCGUCUCCCACUGCCUGAGGAAGCGGGAAGGAGAACCUAGAAAAAGUUCUUUUCAAGCCGUGACAAGGAUGUCCCACAUCCUCCCUGUUCUUCCCCUGCAGGUCCCCUGGCUGCUGGACAUAGUGGUGUCCCAGGUGGAGGCUGUAGCCUCCCUGACUUCCUCAGGCCGAGUCAUCGUCUUUCCCAGGUUUAAAUGGGAGUUUGCACCCAAACUACCACCUGGGAAACCCUGCAGGGCCUCCAAAAGGCUUUUGCCACGUCUUGGCCAGGGCAAGAGAGAAGAAUUUCCUGCACUGCCACCCCUCACCAGCUGGAUCCACCUCACCAUUCCAGUGGAUACAACGCAGUCUGAGGAGGGAAUAAGUGAGGACAAGAGGAAGGCAAG